UGGCUCGCCGCCCCGCUCCACUCCACCACCGCCCCAUUCGCCUCCGGUUUUCUCGCUCCCCCCUCCGCUCCCAGACCCAGACAUCCCACCUCCCGACACGCAACAACGGGAGCCCAAUUCUUUCGUUUCUCCUCCCGGAAAACUUCCUGUCCUGUCCUGUCGAUCCGAUCGGGAAUGGCCGCGGAGUCGUCGGCGGCCGGCAGCAUGCGCAAGGCGCCCUCCAUGGAGUGGCGCUGGGUGUCCGCCGGGGAGGAGGAGGAGGAGGGCGAGGAGGAGGCCCGGCCGGGAGGGCCCGCGCCCGUCGGCAGGGGCGGGAGCUUCGAGUCCGAGGACGAAAACGACGACGGCGACGACGACGACGACGAGCAGCAGGAGGAGGCCAGGCAGAAGCUCAUCCGAACCGGGCCCUCCGUCGACUGGUUCGACGUCGAGGGCAACGAGGUCUCCGUCGCGCAGCCGCUCGAGGACUACGAGGAGUUUGAUCUUGGCAGGACAGUAUUUCUUGCUCUUCAGACUCUUGCUGUGGUUUUUGGAGAUAUUGGCAUUAGUCCGUUGUAUACAUUUGAUGUCAUGUUUAACAAGUACCCUAUUCUUGGGGAGGAGGAUGUUCUCGGAGCACUCUCACUAGUUCUAUAUACUCUGAUUUUGAUGCCAUUGGUGAAGUAUGUAUUGGUUGUCCUUUGGGCCAAUGACGAUGGUGAAGGUGGGAUAUUUGCCAUGUAUUCUUUAAUUUGUAGAAAUGCAAAAGUCAGUCUCAUUCCAAGCCAAGUACAGGCUCAGGCUGAGAAGAGGAUGUCAAGUUUCCGUCUCAAACUUCCCACAGCUGAGCUUGAGAGAUCCAUAAAAGUAAAGGAGAAACUUGAAUCUUCACUAUUGAUGAAGAAGUUACUUUUAGGCCUAGUGCUGUUUGGGACUGCCAUGUUUAUAUCCAAUGGAGUUAUCACACCAGCAAUGUCAGUGUUGUCUGCUGUGAGUGGCUUGAAAGUUGGGAUACCGAAUGCCUCACAAGAUGUUGUGGUUAUGAUUUCUAUUGCACUUCUUGUAAUCUUAUAUAGUCUACAGAGGUAUGCCACUAGCAAAAUUGGGUUUGUGGUUGGCCCUUGUUUGCUGAUAUGGUUUUGCUGUCUUGGAGGAAUCGGCAUAUGCAAUCUCAGUAGAUACGGCCCAGCAGCUUUCAAGGCAUUUAAUCCUCUAUACGCUAUUUAUUAUUUUGGGAAGAAUCCCUUUCAGGCCUGGCUGUCCCUUGGUGGUUGUCUUUUGUGCGCAACAGGAUCUGAGGCUAUCUUUGCAAAUCUUUGCUACUUUCCUGUACGAUUUGUUCAGUCUAUGUUUGUUCUUCUUGUUCUUCCUUGCCUUGUCUUGGCAUAUUUAGGACAAGCUGCUUUCCUCAUUGCAAGCCAGAAGUCAUCCGAACAUAUCUUCUUUUCAUCUAUUCCAAGUGGAGCUUUCUGGCCUGUUUUCUUGCUUGCUAAUUUAGCUGCACUGAUUGCGAGUAGGACAAUGACGAUUGCUAUAUUUCAAUGCCUAAAGCAGUCAAUUUCACUUGGUUGCUUUCCUCGACUCAAAAUUGUUCACACGUCUCGAAAAUUCAUGGCUAAGAUAUACAUUCCUGUCGUAAAUUGGCUUUUGUUGGCUUCCUGUUUGGGAUUUAUUGUGCUAUUCAGAAGCACAUAUGAUGUCGGCAAUGCAUACGCCAUAGCUGAACUUGGGGUGAUGAUAAUGGCCACGCUUUAUGUAACAAUCAUAAUGCUUUUAAUAUGGGAAACCCAUAUUAUUAAGGUGAUAUCAUUUCUUACCACAUUCCUCUUCUUGGAGCUGAUUUUCCUCUCAUCAGCUCUGAGUAGUGUCGGAGAUGGAGGUUGGGCACUGUUGGUCUAUGCAUCUGGUCUUCUCAUGAUUAUGUUUAUCUGGAACUAUGGAAGCAAGCUGAAGUAUGACAGUGAAGUCAGACAGAAGCUUUCAAAGGAUUUAAUGAGAAAAUUGGGCCCCAACCUUGGCACCAUGAGAGCGCCUGGACUAGGCUUGGUGUAUAGUGAGAUAGUGAAAGGAGUUCCUGCAACUUUUGGUCAUUUUCUGACCGCGCUCCCCGCCAUCCAUUCGAUAAUCGUAUUCGUGUGCAUAAGGAAUGUGCCAGUGCCUGUGGUUCCCCAAAGUGAAAGGUUUCUCUUCCAACGUGUCUGCUCAAGGAGCUAUCACAUGUUCCGCUGUAUUGCCAGAUACGGUUACAAAGACAAGAAACAGGAGCACCAUAACACAUUUGAGCGCCUUCUGAUAGAAGGUCUUGAGAAGUUCAUACAACGGGAGGCUGUAGAGUUGUCCCUACAGAGUGAAGAUGAUAUCGACUCUGAUGAUGAGCCAACAACGCCUACACGGAUAAUCACAGCAGCAAACGGUAGCCUCUACUCGCUUGAUGUCCCUCUCAUGGUGGACUUUGCGCCUACAAAUGAAGCGAUUCCUGAAUCACCCAGCUGCUCAACGCCUCAAGAUCCUGUACUGGGUUACACAGAGAACCUUGAGCUGGAGCUCGCAUUCAUCAAGCAGGCGAAGCAAACUGGAGCUGUCUAUCUUAUUGACAACCCCAUCGUCAAAGCCAGGAAGGACUCCUGGUUCUUCAAGAAGUUGACCAUAAACUACUUCUUCGCGUUCUUGAGGAACAAUUGUCGCAGGGCGGUUGUGUCGAUGAGCAUUCCGCACUCAAAUCUGCUGCAGGUGCGCUUGACCUCCUAUGUGUGAAUGCAGAAGCUACCAUUUCAGCACUGGUUGUUUUGUUCAUGGCGAUCUACUUAUCUACUAGAGAUCACACUAACCAUAAAAACAAACGACAAUGGCGAUUGGCAAAAGACGACACUUUGCUUCUGGUUUUAUUCAGAAGGCGAUAACUAGGACAGUAGGAACACGUCUCUCCUGUAAUUUUGUGUACAGUGUCGAAGUGUAGACGACAUUGUGGCAGCAGGCACAUCACAUGAUGAUGUAUUAACCUGUAUAGUAUUUCCCUUGUGCAGCAGAUUGUUGUGUACUUGUUUGAUUGUGUGAGGCCAGUUUUGAUAUCUGCAAAAGGCAGAGUGUUAGCUGAAAAAGGAUCAUUAGGUCAUAUAUGACAUAUGUACAUGUACGCCGAUCAGGCAGUGUUGCUAUGACAACUUUUUGAUGUGUUGGUUGGAAUUUCUA